UGAAAUCUCGUUGACGCAUCUGCGGCUACUGCAGUGAUCCUCUAGGUAGGCCGUGCUGGGGCAAUCGGCCCUCGGUCCCGGCUGUCGCACCUCCCCAGCCCGGGGCUCCUCCCAGCAUCCAGUCCCCGCCCCUCCGCGCCCUUCGCCCUGACUCCUCGGCCCUGUUUGCUCCUGCACCCCCGGCUGGUGCGGUCUGGGAGGAGGGGCCAGGCAGCCGCCCUCCUGCAGGUGGAGCGGGGAGGAGGCUCUUCCCGAACCCAGCCGCUGAUCGCUAAGGACCUGCGAGGUAGAGUCUCCUGCUCGGGGAAGGAGGAGCUGAUACCUGCAAACCCGCGAUUCAUAAACCAAUUAUGGGGGUGAGAGGUUUGCAGGGUUUUGUGGGAAGUACCUGCCCACAUAUAUGUACGGUAGUAAAUAUCCAAGAGCUGGCAGAGAACCACCGAACCAAGUACCCUGGGUGUACCCCUACCAUCGUGGUGGAUGCCAUGUGCUGCCUCCGAUACUGGUACACACCGGAGUCUUGGAUCUGUGGUGGCCAGUGGCGAGAAUACUUCUCUGCUUUGAGAGAUUUUGUCGCAGCCUUCACGUCUGCCGGCAUCAAGUUGAUAUUCUUCUUCGAUGGCAUGGUGGAGCCGGGUAAGAGAGAUGAAUGGGUAAAGAGAAGACUUAAGAACAACAGGGAGAUAUCCAAGAUUUUCCACUAUAUCAAGUCAAAGCGAGAGCAGCCAGGCAGAAACAUGUUCUUCAUUCCCUCCGGGCUGGCCAUAUUUACACGGUUCGCUCUGAAGUCACUGGGCCAGGAAACUUUCUGUUCAUUACAGGAGGCGGACUAUGAGGUGGCUUCUUAUGGUCUCCAGCACAACUGUCUUGGGAUCCUGGGGGAAGACACCGAUUACUUAAUUUAUGACACUUGUCCCUACUUUUCAAUCGGCGAUCUCUGCCUGGAGACUCUGGAAACCAUCAUGCUGUGCCGUGAGAAACUCUGUGAGAGUCUCGGCCUCCAAGUGGCGGACCUCCCUCUGCUAGCCUGUCUGCUCGGCAACGACAUCACCCCGGAGGGCAUGUUCGAAAGCUUUCGAUACAAGUGCCUGUCCUCCUAUGCUUCUGUGAAAGAGAAUGCUGGCAAAAAGGGAAAUAUUAUCUUAGCCGUCUCAGACUAUAUCUCUAGAGUUCUUCGCUUGUAUCAGGGUGAGAAAAAGAUAGAAGACAUUUUACCCUUGGGGCCAAACAAAGCUCUUUUUUAUAAAGGGGUAGCAGCAUAUCUCUUGCCAGGGCAAACAUCUCCAUGGUUAGUUCAAAAAUCCAAAGGCAUAAUAACAGAGAAGCAAGUGGUGAACCCUGAAUCUAAGCAAGAAGUUCCUAUGUGUUUAGAUCCUGAAUCCAAACAAGAAGUUCCCGCGCGUACUAAUCCUGAGUCCAUGCAAGAAGUUCCCAUGUGUACAGAUCCCGAAUCCAACCAAGAAGCUUCCAUGUGCACAGAACCUGAAUCCAAACAAGAAGCUUCCAUGUGUACAGAUCCCGAAUCCAACCAAGAAGCUUCCAUGUGCACAGAUCCUGAAUCCAAACAAGAAGUUUCCAUAUAUACAUACCCAGAGGUCAAGCAAAAAUUACCUUCAGAAACAGGGGCUGAAUAUAAUUCAGAAGUGCUUGUGUGUACACCCCCUGAAGUUAAACAAGAAGAUGCCAUGGAUAUGGAGCCUGAAAUAAAACAAGUAACCAUGGAUUCUGACUCUGAAAUCUUAAAGGUUGCCAGGAUGCACCACGUCCACUCUGAGAGCUACCUCGUGUACAACAUUAUGAGCACUGGGGAAAUAGAGUGCAGCAACACCCUGGAGGACGAGCUGGACCAAGCCCUGCCCAGCCAAGCCUUCAUCUACCGCCCCGUCCGGCAGCGAGUGUACGCACUUCUGCUUGGGGACUGGAAAGAUGGAGCCCGCAGCGGCCCGGUGGUCAAGGAGUGGUUUGUGUACCCUGGGAACUCCCUGAAGCACCCAGACCUUGUUCGGCCUCUGCAGGUGACUAUUCAAGGGCGAAAACCUAGUUUGGAAGUUCUGUGGCUGAGCCAAGAGCCAGCAGUGCAGGCCCGGCGCCUGGACACGUUGCUAGCCUGCUUCAACCUCUCCUCCUCCAGAGAAGACCUGCAGGCAGUUGAGAGCCCAUUGAGAGCACUGUGCUGCCUCCUAAUCUACAUCUUCGUCCAGGUGGACACUCUUUCCCUGGAAGAUCUGCAUGCAUUUAUUGCUCAGGCCUUGUGCCUCCAAGGAAAAUCAACCUCACAGCUCAUGAACGUACAGCCGGAUUACAUUAACUCCAGAGCUGUGCAGCUGGGGUCCCUCCUCGUCCGUGGCCUCACCAUGUUGGUACUGGUCAACAGCGCAUGUGGCUUCCCCUGGACAACAAGCGAAUUCAUGCCCUGGAAUGUCUUUGACGGCAAACUUUUCCAUCAGAAGUACCUGCAGUCUGAAAAGGGAUAUGCUGUGGAGGUUCUCCUGGAACAAAAUAGAUCGUGGCUCACCAAGUUCCACAACCUGAAGGCCGUGGUCUGCAAGGCCUGCUCCAAGGAGAACCGGCGCAUUGUAGGGAGAACACACUGGAACUCUCACUACACAGGGAGGCUGGGGAGACAGGGCUCCAGCUCCCACAGGACAGGCUCCACACAUGGCCAUCCUGGGCAUGGGCAGCCAUGGAGAGACCAGGGUCCAGGAGGCAGACAGUAUGAACAUGACCAGUGGAGAAGAUACUAGACAUCUUGCAGGUGGAGUCCUCGCCAGUAUCUUAAAAUGAAUCAGUAGGUUAAUGUGUCACAUGCGCAGCUUCCCGACUGGGGUCCACCGACUUAAUUCAAGGAGUGUUUGCUUCUUCCAGGAAGUGUGGGAAGACAGUGCAGUGCCCAAACUCUGCCCCCUUCAGAGAAUCUUCAGAGUGAUGCCACCCGGUCGUAUCAGCAAGAAGGUGGCAACUGGAACCACACUGUAAAAGAAGGCACAAUUCCUUCUUAUCAGAGGCUUCUCCCACAUGCACUGUAAAAAAUGUCCAUUGGUUUGGUUUCAGAGGCUGCUCCUGACCCCGUGACCCAUCACGUAUGCUCCCUGAUCUUAGCAGAACUCUGAUUCCCUCACGCCUUUUCUUAUUAGAUUGUGAAAAUGUUUUCCCAAAUCAUUAGUCCUUGAUAUCAUGGAGUCUUAGCUAUUUUUGAUACUGUGAAAAGAUACCAUGACCAAAGCAGCUUACAAAAGAAAGCACUUAAUGUAAGGCUCAAGGUUCCAGAGGGCAUGUCAGGGAGCCAGGCAGCAGGCAGGCCGAGGAAGACUCUUAAACUGGGAAUGGCUCCUCACCCAGUGACACGCCUCCUCCAGCAUGGCCACGCCUCCUCCUGCAUGGCCACGCCUCUUCCGGCUCGGCCACGCCUAAUCUUUUCCACUAACUGCAGACCAAGCAUUCAGACAUAUUAGCCUAUGGGGGUCAUUUUAAUUCAGACCAUCACACAUGGUAUCUAAUAGCCAUAUAACCUGUCAGAAAUUAUUGUUUCAUUAGAAAUUCUAACAGAAGUCAAUUAUCCCACAAUUUCUUUUCUUGAUCCUCAGAAGUGUUUGGAUAGAAAAAAAAAAACCUAGAUUCUUUCUUGCUUGUUUGUGGGAAAGUUGGUUCUGCUUGGAGGUGAGAUGGCUCAGUAGUGGACAGUGGCUGCUCUUCCAGGGAGCCUGGGUGUGAUUCCCAGAUGGCUCAGUCGUGAAGGACAGUGGCUGAUUUUCCAGAGAGCCCGGGUGUGAUUCCCAGAUGGCUCAGUGGUGAAGGACAGUGGCUGAUCUUCCAGGGAGCCCGGGUGUGAUUCCCAGAUGGCUCAGUGGUGAAGGACAGUGGCUGAUCUUCCAGGGAGCCUGGGUGUGAUUCCCAACACCCACACAAUAGCUCACACCAGUCUGUAACUCCAGUUCCAGGGGACCCAACACGUCUUCUGGCCUCUGUGGACUCCAAACACACAAGUGAUGUACAGACGUACAUACAGACAAAACACCCAUAAAGGUGAAAAAACAAGUAAUUUUUUUUUUUAAAGCA